AUGCUUGUCGGACGUUGUCUGCUCAUUAGUAUUUUUAUUAUGCUUUGGACAUUCGUAUCUGGCGUUAUAACAAUUGAAGAUAUUCCAAAAAUAAAAACCGAACAAUCGAAAUUCAAUGUUAUACCUAUUCAAACAUCUGAUCAGAUCGAAUGCCACGAGGCUUGCUCCGCGGAUUAUUGUUUUAAAUAUUCAAUUCUAAACAAAAAUUGUACGAAAUUUAUACGUGAUCAAUGUGAUUGUUGUACGGUUUGUCUUCGGAAUGAAAAUGAAAUAUGCGGCGGAAGAUUUAAUGUUUAUGGUAUAUGUGAACAAGAUUUACUUUGCUAUAAAUCAAAUACAAUUCCGGAUAAAAAUCUCUAUGAACAAACAGGAAUUUGUGUCAAAGCAUGUUUAAAAUUUCAAUGUUUAUCAAUGAUUAAAAAUAAUAAAACAACAUGCGAAUGUAUCAAUAGACGUGUACCUUGUAAUGAAAAUCUUUAUCAAAAUACAAAAAUUACUUGUGAAAACCAAGCAGACCUUCACAAAGAACACGAAUCAAGGUUUUUAAAAGCGACUGGUGUGAAAGAAUCAAUCGAUUGUUCAAAUGUCGUCUGUAAUAAUACACCAAUUAGUUCAUCAAGUUGUUUAUCAGAUAGCCACUUUAGUGAACACGAAACGUCUCUAUUGCAAACAUCGUUAUCUCAUUCAAGAAAUCUUUCAUCUAUAUGUUGUGAAGCUCGAGGUCACUGCGUUUGCUCACCCUGCCCAAAAAUAAUGUGUGGUGAAAAUUCCAUCAUUCAAAUUUAUCGUACAGGCAAUCCAAAUAUUCCUGGUCAAUGUUGUGCUCAAUUUAAUUGCAUUAAGAAUUCCCAACAAUGUCAUCAUGAUAAAAAAAUCUACAAUGAGAAUGAAACAUGGUCCAUUGAUCAAUGUACUAAAUGUACGUGUCGUUCGGGUCAUGUCGAUUGCGCCAUGAUACAAUGUCCCAUUCACACACAUUGUGGAUAUAUGUAUAAACCAGAAAAUGAGUGUUGUCCGAAAUGUGGAGGUUGUUUAAGUGCCCGUUCUCAUAUUCAACAUAUGAAUUCAACUUGGAUUGAAUCGAAUGGUUGUAUGCGAUGUUGGUGUGAAGAUGGUCGAUCGCGUUGUAUGGCCGAAGGAUGUAUCGCUCCACCAUGUGAAAAUCCUCGUCAAAUAGCUAACGUUUGUUGUCCUGUCUGUGGCAACGAAGAAAAAGACAAUGAAGAAUAUCUCGACGAUAUUAUUUCACUUCCUCAAUCCGUAUCUCAAACGUCGGUUUAUAAAUGUCCUCAAUUAGACAAUUGCCUACUCGUAUGUGAGCAUGGUUUAACUAAAGAUGAACAUGGUUGUUUUCAAUGUGCUUGUUCAACCAUGUCCUGUCCUUCGCCAUUUUGUACACUUAAAUUUGAUAAUGUAUCAAAUCAGUAUUGUUUGUGUUUACCACCAUCGGGCACGAAUUGUCGACAAUUUCAUUGUGAUAAACAUUGUCCAUAUAAUUAUUCGAUUGAUAAAAAAACUGGUUGUCCACAUUGUGCUUGUAAUCCGUGUCCGCCAUUAAUCUGUUCAAAAAAUUGUACCUACGGAUUAAAGCGCAAUGAUGUUGGCUGUCCUAUUUGUGUUUGUGAAAGUAAUUUUACUUCGACUACAGAAAUUAUUUUACAUUCAUGGCCUCGGCAAUGCCAAUCGGGCUCGUUUUCCUAUUCGAAUGGUGAAAUAUGGUUUGAUGGUUGUCGACAAUGUUUAUGUCAUAAAGGUGAACAACUGUGUGCACUUAUAUCAUGUUCAACGCCGAAAUGUUCACAGCCUGUUAUUCUAUCAAAUCGAUGUUGUCCUUCAUGUCCAGAUAUGCCUAUGUCAUCAGAACCAAUUCCAUCGUCCCAAGUGUGCUAUGCAAGUCAAUAUGUAACUGGUGAAGAACUCGAAUUUGAUAAAUGUACAAAAUGUAUUUGUUUGCAUAACAUUGCAUUUUGUAGUAUAUCAUUAUGCCCACCAUUUCCUUGUUCGUCACCCAUCUAUGAUUCUUCUCUUUGCUGUCCUAUUUGUCCGAAAACAUCAGAAUCAUUAUCAAUAACUGAUAUAUCAAAUAUCAAUGAAGAUGUUUGCAUACUCGACAACGGUAUGAUAAAGCAUGCUGGCGAAUUAUGGAAAACCGAUGAUUGCCAAUCAUGCCUUUGUCCAAAUGAUGGCAGUGGACAAAUUAAAUGUUUUUCACAAAUCUGUAAUCAAUAUUUACCAUGUUCUAAUCCUGUACUUAAAAAAGGUCAAUGUUGUCCUUUUUGUCUUCCACCGACUGCUGCUGUCGCUGUUUGUAUUUUUAAUUUUGUUCAAUAUCGUUCGGGUGAACAUUGGAAUGUAAGCGAAUGUCAUCAUUGUGAAUGUUCACUUGGAACGAUUGUUUGCCAUCAACAUAAAUGUCCCAUGUUAACUUGUAUACAUACUGUAACAUUAUCUGGUCAUUGUUGUCCUAUUUGUCGAGAUCAAUUAUCUUUUAUUAAUGAUCAAGACAAGCUUCCAAUAUCUUCAUCUCGUUUUGGCUUUACAAUCAUUAUUAUAUUUUUUUUUCUCAUUCUUUUUCUUGUCUUCGUUAUUAUUAUUCUUACAAUAUUUUUAUUAAAUGCCGGACGUCGUUCGAUUUCAUCUUCGAAUCAAAUAUCUAAUUUAGAUCAACAUUCGCCAAUACUUUCUCAUCAUCCACCAAUAAUUAAUUCCAAAUCAACAAGUAUGUUUUCCUAUCAAUAUGAUUUAAUGUUGAUAUCAAAAGAUAUGAAAAAUGCAAAACCCAUAUUAUCAUCAUCGAGUAAUAUUCCAAUGGCAUCAAUCGAACAAACAUCAACACAUUCGAUUAUAGGAACAAAUACAACAGGAACAAGUUCAAUUAAUAAUGAACACGAGCCAAUAACAUGGAAUGAAGAUGAUACACUUAUAUUACAAUGUAGUACAAGUAGUAAUGAUGGUGAUUAUGAACAUGAAAUAAUCAGUACUGAUAAUGAAGAAUCUCAUCAUCAUCCUCCACAACUUCAAAUGGAUACUGGACCUCCUACUAUCAUCUAUGUCUAG